CUUCAAUUCUUUGCUCUGCCUUGCAGCAGGGUCAAGGAUUCUUCUCCACGAGGUAACGGACCCUUUGCACCUUUCGUUUUCCCGCCGAUCAUGAGGGUGCCCAGAAGAGUAGAGGACGCGGCGGAGCUGCGCAAGAGCCUGAAGCCUCUGCUGGAGAAGCGCCGGCGCGCACGCAUCAACGAGAGCCUGAGCCAGCUAAAGGGGCUCGUUUUGCCGCUUUUGGGAGCGGAGACUUCCCGCUACUUGAAGCUGGAGAAAGCGGACAUCCUGGAGAUGACCGUGCGUUUCCUGCAGGAGCAGCCCGCAUCCCUCUACCUUACCUCGGAGCCUUUGGAUAGCUACUUGGAGGGCUACCAGGCUUGUCUGGCACGCCUAGCCCGCGUGCUUCCCGCCUGCAGCGUCCUGGAGCCCCCCAUAAGUGAGCGCUUGUUGGCGCACCUAAGGCAGAGGACUAUCCGCGGUGACCCACCCUCAGAGACGCCACCACCCACCCCAGCUCCAGCUUCUCCACCGGGCAGUCCUAGCCUCUGGCGGCCAUGGUAGGCUCCUGGGCGCACCCCAGGAUCCUGCUUCUGGCUGUCAGAGACCUGGAUGAGUUAGCUG